GGAGAAGUAUCAUUAGAUAGAUGCAUGAUGGAAGGGAUGAAGGCCGCAGCCGCCGCCGGCGAGGGUAUUAUGGGGAAUAAUAAUAAUGGGCGGGAUAGUAAUAAACUUGUGUGUGUCACCGGAGCUUCUGGGUUUUUAGCUUCUUGGCUUAUAAAGAGACUUCUUUUGUCUGGUUAUAGUGUCAUUGGCACCGUCAGGGACCCAGGGGAGGAAAAGAAAGUAGGGCACCUAUGGAAGGUGGAAGGAGCAAAAGAAAGGCUGAAGCUGGUGAAGGCUGAUCUUACGGUAGAAGGGAGCUUCGACGACGCCAUUAAUGGCUGCGAAGGUGUCUUUCACACUGCUUCCCCCGUCCUACCUCUUCCUAAUGAAGGAAUGUUGGAAGCUGCUGUGGAGGGGACGUUGAACGUACUGAGGUCAUGCAAGAAGAACGCGAGGUUGAGGCGCGUGGUUCUCACCUCAUCUUCUUCAGCUGUUAGGGUUAGAGAUGACUUUGACCCAAAACUACCCUUGGAUGAGUCUUCCUGGUCUUCUCCCCAUCUCUGUCGCGCCCUUCAGGUUUGGUACCCACUAUCAAAAACCAUGGCGGAAAGAGCAGCAUGGGAUUACUGCAAAGAGAACAAUAUAAAUCUUGUGACGGUUUUGCCCACAUUUAUCAUUGGACCAAGCCUACCCCCACAAUUGUGCUCCACAGCAUCAGAUGUUCUUGGCUUCUUUAAGGGGGAGACUGAAAAGUUUCAAAUGCAUGGGAGGAUGGGAUAUGUGCACAUAGACGACGUUGCCGCCUCCCACAUUCUUGUUUAUGAGCAUGAGGAUGCGCACGGGAGGUACCUCUGCAGCUCCGACGUUGUCGAGCUCCCCGAGCUUGCCUCCAUUCUAUCAUCGCGUUACCCGACCCUUCACAUCUCAAACAGGUUUAGGAAACAUGAGGACAGGCCAUACUAUGAAUUUGACACCUCAAAGUUGAAGAGUCUAGGAAUGAAGUUCAGGUCCAUUGAGGAGAUGUUUGAUGAUACUGUCAAGUCCUUGGUGGAGCAAGGCCAUCUCUCACUAUAAUUAAAUGAUACGAGUAAUUAAUAAGGGGGUAAAUG